AUGGCUGCGCUCUCCCAGCACCUGAGGAUCCUGCUGUGGAAGAACUGGCUGAGUGUCAAGAGGCAGCCGGUAUGGUCAUUCAUUUUAAUUUCCUGGCCUGUGGUUGUUUUCAUAAUCUUGGCCAUCAUCCGUCUCAAAUUCCCUCCAGAACCACAGCCAAACUGUUAUCUCGCACCCCGAAACCUUCCUAGUGCAGGCUUCUUCCCAUUCCUGCAAACUGUGCUGUGUGAUACAGACGCCAGAUGCAAAGGCACGCCAUACACACCAGACGAUCUGCUGCCAAGGCUUAAUGACAUCUCAUCUCUCAAACUUAAGCGGAGGAGCUUGUCCAGUGCGGCCAAGGACAACCAUCCAUCACCAUGGAGCGCUGAGGUUCCCAGCAGCAGGAAUGCUUCACUGGCAUUCAGGGAUUUGGUGUAUCAUGGAGAAAAUACCCUUUGGAAUAUUUCAUCACCAUCCAACUUGACUUCCAGCAUCAACAUGUUCAACAAAAUCCUCAGUUUUGGGAAGGAAUUCAGUGAGUCUUCCUUACAGCACAAUGCUUCUCUGAAGGAAAAAGUGGCGGAUCUCAUGUACUUAGCCUUGAGCCCUUUCCUUGAGAAUAGCGAUGGCAGUUCCAGGACAAUCCUGAACUGCUCCACUCAGGAUGUGCUCCGCAUAGCAGUUCAGAUGCUUUUUGAAAAUACCACCGUAAGCAAGUCCUUAGCCAGGAGCCGCUGCAAAGCGCUCUUUGCUUUCAUGGACGUGGAGAGAGGAACUCUGCACAAUGAAAGCUUUACCAAACUGUUCCAGCUUGCCAUAUCGAACCUGAAACUGUCUCCAGAGUUUGCUAGUGUCUACAAGAACAGCAGCGAACGCUUCUCCAGGGAGCUGUCAUGCACCAUCCAGUCUCUGCAGUUUACUCUGCACCUCCUUUCCAAAUUUAAGCUCGUCUCUGAGCUGGAAAACUCUUGGGUACAGGAGAAGGUGACAGCUCUGAGUGCUGUCAUGGAGGGACUGCUGCAGAAGCAGCUCUUGUCCCUUGAGCAGCUUCUUGCUGCCAUGGCAAAGGUGAAUACCAGUGAUCAUUAUCUGCUGAUCUCUUCUUUGUCUAAGCUAAUGCAGAAACUCCAGAGUUCCCCUCAUGGAAGGCUGGGAAAUGAACUUCACACUUUCUUGCAGAUUGCUGAAAUUGUCCAGUCCAUGAAUUGGGACAGCACAGACAGUCUUACUUUCCGCUCACUUCUAGACAUACUGCAAAAUCUGUCCAGUGCCAUGAAAAGUGACUCCAGUCUUCCUUUCAUUAAGGAACAUAAGCAGCUCAUACGCAUUAUGUCCUCCGUAUUUGAGCUGUAUGAUGAAGUCAACCCCGGGGGAGCCAACAUCUCCAUAUACUUGCAAGCCAUACAAAGGAGUAUCCGUAUUUUAAAAGAUUUGCAGAAAAGUUAUAAUAUCAGUGAGCUUGAAACUGUUAUCCGAUAUUUUGAUUUUUAUAGUAACUAUGUCCAGAGACUGAUUGAAAUAUGGAGAGCAGGAAUGAAAGUCCUUCAUGACCCCAACUUAAACAGAACAUUGGAAGAAAAAAUAGGCAUUGUCGUUCAUGUCUCACAGAUGCUGCUGGAGGGGGAGUUUAGCGAGUUUUCCUUACAGCACAGUGCUUCUCUGAAGGAAAAAGUGGCGGAUCUCAUGUACUUAGCCUUGAGCCCUUUCCUUGAGAAUAGCGAUGGCAGUUCCAGGACAAUCCUGAACUGCUCCGCUCAGGAUAUGCUCCGCAUAGCAGUUCAGAUGCUUUUUGAAAAUACCACCGUAAGCAAGUCCUUAGCCAGGAGCCGCUGCAAAGCGCUCUUUGCUUUCAUGGACGCGGAGAGAGGAACUCUGCACAAUGAAAGCUUUACCAAACUGUUCCAGCUUGCCAUAUCGAACCUGAAACUGUCUCCAGAGUUUGCUAGUGUCUACAAGAACAGCAGCGAACGCUUCUCCAGGGAGCUGUCAUGCACCAUCCAGUCUCUGCAGUUUACUCUGCACCUCCUUUCCAAAUUUAAGCUCGUCUCUGAGCUGGAAAACUCUUGGGUACAGGAGAAGGUGACAGCUCUGAGUGCUGUCAUGGAGGGACUGCUGCAGAGUAAUGUCUCCUGCCCCAUCCCAGUCAAAGAUGUGGGUGGCAUGCUCCCAUCUCAGCUUUUGAAGAUGCUCCUUCCUUUCAUGCUGAAUGAAACAGUAAUGCAUUCCUCUGACAGCUUAGCAGGCUGGAGUAACCUGUCCAAGCUCUUCAGUAUGGUGCAGGAUGAGCUUCACAUGAAUGACAUGCUGCAGAGAUUCCAAGGUUCCUACAACCUCACCAAAUGGAGUCAUUUCUCAAACACCUGGGAUGCAGUUGACAGUUUGCUGAACACCAAAAUGGAUCUAGCUAAAGUGGCUGCCUUUGCAAAGUUAUUGGAAGCAGUGGCAAACAACCUUUCCAACAAUGUGUCGGCUCUAGACAUCAUAGAAGCUGUUGACUAUGUUCUCAGGGCGCUGAACAUCUCUGAUCUGCUAAAUGAAUUCAGCACAAGUUCCAGCUCAGCUUCUUUCUCCAACAAAACUAGUUUGGAUCGUGUGAUUGACCUUGUCGCUCGUCACUUUGUUGUCCUGGCAGAAACCCUGUACAACAAGACCCUACCUUGGACUCAAGGUGACCAAACACUGUCACCAACCAGUUUGAUCACACGAUUUCUGUUUUUAGAAUUUGAAAAAACCAUCUUACAAGUGACAGUGAAUAACAGCUAUAACCCUUACCUGAUGUGUUUAAUAAAUGCCACUGAAGUUGAAGACAGCAAAUUGACAGAAAACAUCACACUGCUCUUGAAGCAAAUUCAUCUGAAAAAGAACUAUUUAAUGCAAAAUAAUACCCCUGAGAAACAUUCAUCCAUACCAGAGCUCCUGAAGCUAAAAAUAACUCGCCUCCGGGAUCUGACAACACUUCUUUGUGACUACGAGAGCUUUAAGUCAAUACAGCAUAUUUGCCAUCUCCCUAAUGUUAGCUUUGGAGAACUGUGUGAACAGAGUCAAUCUCAUGAGCAGCUCAUCAGUGCUAUUGAACUGAGCAGUCAAGUUGUGACCAACGUACUGAAUGGCAGAAGGAUCUCCCAGGAGCUUCAGAAUGUACUGGUUGGGGAUGCCACAAAUGUCCAGACACAAAUAAAGUGGUUUCAAGAAAACAUACCAGAAAUUGCUUUCUUUCAAGAGAUUCCUCAGUAUAUUAAAACUUUGAAUUCCAUGUUGAACAUCACUGAGAAUUUAACAGAUGCCAGCAAACAAGAAAAGUUAAGGGAUGUCUUUAAAAAUGUGGACCAGCUCAAAGCGGAUCUCAAAAACAUGACAGGAAUGUCCACAGCCAGUAUUGAUGCUCUUCUGGAAACAUCUCUCCCAGAAAACAGCAGUCACCUCAUUUCUCAGAUCCUCCAGCUGGAGUCCUGUAGCACCCGUCCUUCCGACCCACAGCUGCAAACCGUAGCAGAGGAGUUCUGCAAUCUCUCUGUGUCAGAGAGGACUCGUGAGAUGUACAUCCUGGGGGUCACCCUGUUACAACACUUAGACGUUUAUAAUUUCUUAUACAAGAUGUUAUUCCCUAAGGAACUUCAGAAACCUGUGGACAAGAUGUUAGGCAUUUUGACAAAGAUGAAAUAUUACAGACACCAGGUUGAGUCUGACGUUGAUCCACUGUUGCAAGCUAUUCAUUCACUGAAAAAGCUCCGCCAGUCUAGAAGGAUGUCACUGAGUAAGGCAUUAUUUAAAUCAAAUGACUUUAAGAUAACGCGUGGCACAUUUAAAUCCAUGUCAAAAGUUCUCUGCAACCAGGAUAUCACACCCUUGUUUUUUGAGUCCUUGCUUCCUGAUUUUGGAGACCCUGUAAGAAACGGUUCUUCUGUAGAGGAUGCCCAUGUCCAACAGAUGAUGAGGAAAUACGGGAUUCCUCAUGAUUCCACACCAUUUUGUUUGUCCUUUUACCUGGAUCUGGUCAAGACCCCAACUGGAGCUUUAAUUUGGUCUUUUCUAAAACCAAUGGUGUUUGGGAAGAUCCUUUAUACUCCAGAUACCCCAGAAACUCGAGCAAUCAUGGGAAAGUCUAAUGCCACCUUAAAGCAGAUGGCUGAUCUAGCCCUGAAGUCUCAGGAAUGGCUGGACAAGUCUCCUGCCAUCAUGAAUUCACUGACUAAGUUAAAUGAGACAGUUCCAAUGAUCAAGAAUGCCCUGCAGAAUCCUUUUGUGCAGGUUUUUAUCAAGCUGAUGGUGGAUUUGGAUGCAGUUGAACUGCUGAGUCAAAUAAAUGAGCUGGAUGACAUUCGGCUGGAGUUACAGAACAACUCUGACAUUGUCGAUCAGUUGAACACAUUAGCUACUCUUGCUGUAAAUGUGUCUUCCUGCGUCUCAUUUAAUCGCAUUCGGGCAGUCAAAAGCUUAGAAGAAUUGGAAAGGAUGGCAAAAGAGCUCUUUCUAAAGAACGAACUUUUUGCAAGUAUCAUUUUCAAGCUGCCUUCAAGCUGGAGCAGCCCCGUCGGUGGGGCAUUGGCCCUCCCUCCUGUGCUCAACUACACCAUCAGGAUGAGCAGCAGGAUUACACAAACGACCAACAGGAUAAGGGAGCGCAUCUGGACUGUGGGACCACACAACUCCACCUCGCAGAGCCAGAUCUACAGCCGGGCAUUUAUCUAUAUCCAGGACAGCAUUGAAAGAGCCGUCAUUCAGUUACAGACUGGCAAGAAGCUGGAGGAAAUAGCUGUUCAAGUCCAGGCCAUGCCUUACCCCUGCUACAAUAAGGAUAUGUUCUUAACCAGCGUGACCUACUCUCUUCCAUUUGCUCUGAUGGCUGCCUGGGUGCUGUUUAUAGCUGAUUUUGUUAAAACACUUGUUCAAGAGAAAGAUCUGAGGCUUUAUGAGUACAUGAAAAUGAUGGGUGUUAAUGCAAGCAGCCAUUUUAUCGCCUGGUUCAUAGAAUGUGCCAUCUUCCUUCUAAUCACUGUCACCUUCCUCAUUGUUAUCCUAAAAGUGGGUGACAUCCUUCCCAAAACAAACACAUCACUCCUGUUCCUGUACCUCAUGGACUACAGCCUGUCCAUCAUAGCCAUGAGCUACUUCAUCAGCGUUUUCUUCAACAACACCAACAUAGCAGCGUUGGUGGGCAGUCUCGUGUACAUCCUCACCUUCUUCCCCUUCAUUGUGUUGCUUGUCAUUGAAAAUCACUUGAGCUUCUCAGUGAAGAGCCUACUGAGCCUGUUGUCCCCAACUGCGUUCAGUUAUGCAAGUCAAUACAUUGCUCGCUACGAGGCACAGGGCAUAGGUCUGCAGUGGGACAACAUGUAUAAAUCCCCAAUGAUUGGAGACAACACCUCCUUUGGCUGGAUGUGCUGGCUCAUUCUGAUAGACUCCUUCAUUUACUUCAUCCUGGGGUGGUAUAUAAGGAAUGUAUUCCCAGGACGAUAUGGCAUGGCUGCUCCCUGGUAUUUCCCGUUCCUUCCAUCUUACUGGCUUGAAUACAACAGUUACCUCCCCUUCUGGAGUGAGAAACAAAGAGGCCUCUUCUUCAGCAAGCUGAUGCUGAGGAAAGAAACUCCCCUCAACAAUAAGAUAUGUGCCCCCCCUCCUCACCUGGAGCCAGAGCCCACUGACCUGACCUUGGGAGUCUCCCUCCGUGGCAUAACAAAGGUUUAUGGAUCCAAAGCUGCAGUGGACAACCUCAGCCUCAACUUCUAUGAAGGGAAUAUAACUUCCCUGCUGGGACACAAUGGAGCUGGGAAAACGACGACCAUAUCUAUUUUGACUGGGUUGUUCCCUACAUCAUCAGGUACUAUUGUUGUCUAUGACAAAGACAUCAGGACUGAUCAGGAGGUUAUCAGGAAGAACAUGGGUGUGUGCAUGCAGCACAACGUGCUCUUCAACUACCUCACCACGAAGGAGCACCUGCUGCUCUAUGGGUACAUCAAAGUCCCUCACUGGAGUAAAGAAGAGCUCUACCAAGAAGUUAAGAGGACUUUGAAGGAGACUGGACUGUACAGCCAUCGUCAUAAGCUAGCUGGUUCCCUGUCCGGGGGAAUGAAGAGGAAGUUGUCUAUAGCUAUUGCUCUCCUGGGUGGAUCAAGGGUGGUAAUCCUGGAUGAACCAACCACAGGGGUGGAUCCGUGCUCUCGGAGGAGUAUUUGGGAAAUUAUUUCCAAGAAUAAAAAAGGCAGAACCAUCAUUCUUUCAACACAUCACUUGGAUGAAGCAGAAGUACUGAGUGACCGAAUCGCCUUCCUGGAGCAUGGGGGGCUCAGAUGCUGUGGGUCUCCGUUCUACCUCAAGGAAACGUUUGGUGAUGGAUACCACCUGACACUCACAAAAAAAAAGUCCCCAGAGCUCAUCUCUUCCUCAGAGUGUGACACCGCAGCAGUGACCUCCCUGAUCCAGUCCCACCUUCCAGAGGCUUAUCUCAAGGAGGACAUUGGUGGGGAGCUCGUGUACGUGCUUCCCCCCUUCAAGUCAACAGUCUCGGGGGCCUACCAGGCGCUUCUCAGAGCCCUCGAUACCAGCUUGAGUGAUCUCCACCUUGGUUGCUAUGGGAUUUCAAACACAACCGUGGAAGAGGUGUUUCUCAAUCUGACAAAAGAGCUAGGGAAGGACCCACAAGACGAUACUGAACUGCCUCAACAACUGCCUGGAGCCAGUGGUCAAAUUGGCAGUGACGAAAUGUCUGUGAACACGGAUACCUUCACGGAGAGAGAUGAUCAGCUCCUGAUCAGGUCAAAGAGCCUGCAAGGUUUGCCAUUGCUGCUUAAGAAGACAUCAGCUUUAUUCAUUAAGAGAUUCCACCAUACCCGGCGGGAUGUCAGAGGCUUCAUUGCUCAGGUCAUCCUCCCAGUCCUCUUUGUGAUGGCAGCAAUGGGACUUGGGACGCUGAGAACUAAGGAGACUGAAUAUCCAGAACUGAUUCUUUCCCCCUCUCUGUACGGCACAUCUGACCAGGCAGAUUUCUUUGGGAAUUUCAAUGAAACCACGGAUGCUUUAGUUGCAUCGAUGCUUGCUUUCCCUGGGACAGAUAACACAUGCAUGAAUGCAAGCAAUUCGCAGUGUUUAAGUGAAGACAUGCUUGGCCCUUGGAUUACCAGUGGAAACCCCCAAACCAAGUAUUCUGCCUGCAACUGCACAGAUGGCAUCCAGACAUGCCCGCAGACAAACUAUACUCCCCCUCACAGAAGGACCUUCUCUACACGGAUGCUUUAUAACGUUACGGGGCACAAUGUGGAGACCUACAUUCUGGCAACCACCAAAGACUUCCUGCAAAAACGGUAUGGUGGCUGGAGCUUCGGGAUGCCUUUGACAAGAGAUCUCCAGUUUGACAUCAAGCCAGUGCCGCCCAGCAGAACAUUAACUAAGGUGUGGUAUAAUCCCGAAGGUUAUCACAGCCUUCCAGCCUAUCUGAACAGCUUGAACAACUUCAUUCUUCGAGCUAAUCUGCCAAAAAAUGAGUCUUCCAGCUAUGGUAUUUUCUUAUCAGCUCACCCAUAUCCUGGAGGACAGAGUCAAGAACAAGUAAUGCUCAACAGCUUACUCGAUAUCAUAGUUUCAAUGUCAGUUCUGGUUGGCUACUCUAUCACAACUGCAAGCUUUGUGCUAUAUGUGGUGAAAGAACAUCAAACCAAAGCCAAGCAACUGCAGCAUAUUUCAGGCAUUGGGAUGACAAGCUACUGGGUGACUAACUUCGUUUAUGAUCUGGUACUUUUUAUGGUCCCUAUUGGACUCUCAGUAGGAGUUAUUUCAUCUUUCCAGAUACCAGCUUUCUGCAACAACAAUAACUUACUGGCAGUAUUUCUUCUGCUGCUACUCUUUGGAUAUGCAACUUUUUCAUGGAUGUACCUGCUGGCUGGGUUCUUCAAAGAGACAGGAAUGGCCUUCAUCGUUUAUGUCUGCGUCAACUUGUUCUUUGGCAUCAACACCAUAAUCACGCACUCAGUUGUGUUUCUGCUCUCCCAGGAAAAGGCCACAGACCAGGGCUUGCAUGAUCUCGCUGAAAACUUAAGGCAUGUGUUCCUUCUGUUCCCACAAUUUUGCUUUGGCUAUGGCCUGAUUGAACUGUCGCAGGAUCAGGCGCUGCUGGGCUUCUUAAAAGCCUACGGAGUGGACUACCCUGACAAAACCUUUGAGCUGGACAAGACCACAUCCAAGCUGUUUGCCAUGUUUAUCCAGGGCACCGUGUUUUUUGCCAUUCGUCUGACAGUUCAUGACAGGUUGAUUCAGAAGGUCUGGAACAACGUACUACAGUACCUGUUUGACAGAGUGCAUGGCAAAGCACUGCUUCUGCUGCCUGUGACUGACGAGGACGGGGAUGUCCAGGCAGAGAGGAACCGGGUAGAGUCCGGCAAAGCUGACUUCGACGUGGUGCAGCUCCAGAACCUCACAAAGAUCUACCACCUUCCCCACAAACGCAUCGUGGCUGUGAAAAACAUCAGCCUGGGGAUUCCUGCUGGAGAGUGCUUCGGCUUGCUUGGUGUGAACGGAGCUGGGAAGACGACCAUCUUUAAGAUGCUGACAGGUGAUAUCGGAGCGUCCAGCGGCAGGUUGCAGGUCCAGGAUCACUCUGGGUCCUUGAAUGACAUCAGCGAGGCACACUGGUCGUUGUUUGGCUACUGUCCUCAGGAAGAUGCCCUGGAUGACCUGCUGACGGUGGAAGAGCACAUGUAUUAUUAUGCUAGGCUCCACGGCAUCCCAGAGAGAGAGAUCAAAGGAAUUGUACUCCAGCUUCUCCACAGGCUGAAUUUGAUGGCCUACAAAGACCGAGUCACCUCUAUGUGCAGUUAUGGCACCAACAGGAAAUUGUCAACUGCCCUGGCUCUCAUUGGGAAUCCAUCUAUUCUGUUGCUGGAUGAACCAAGCUCUGGAAUGGAUCCAAAUGCUAAACGCCACCUUUGGAAAAUCAUCAGUGAGGAAGUGCAGAACAAAUGCUCAGUGAUACUCACGUCCCACAGCAUGGAAGAAUGUGAAGCCCUCUGUACCAGGCUGGCUAUUAUGGUGAACGGGAGUUUUCAGUGCAUCGGCUCUUUGCAGCAUAUCAAGAGCAGGUUUGGAAGAGGAUUCACUGUGAAGAUGCACUUAAAUAGCAACACAGUUAGCACGGAGACACUGACACAAUUCAUGAAGUCACACUUUCCAAAUACAUGCCUGAAGGAUCGGCAUUUCAACAUGGUGGAGUACCACGUUCCAGUCUCUGCAGGAGGGGUAGCAAAUAUAUUUGAUCUCCUGGAAGCCAGCAAAGAAGCCUUCAAAAUCAGGCACUUCUCAGUGAGUCAAACAACGCUAGAGGAGGUUUUCAUCAACUUUGCCAAAGAUCAAGCAGAUCCUGAUGGUGUGGAUGUAGCUUCCGAUGUGACAUCAGACAGCUCUGACACAUGCAGCCAAGCCAGCACCCUCAGCUCCAUCUAUUGAAGAGGCCCAACCACAAGGGAUCGCAGAAGCUGCGGAAAAAAACUGACAUGACCCCUCAG